GACUUUCUUGGAAAGCUAUUUAAUCUCCCCUAGGUUGGGGGGUCACGCUGGCCUGUCUUGUCUGUCACUCAUUCCUUGUCUCCUUACUUGACUUGGGUUGAUAAUGGCCCCUCAUGAAGUUACACGCUUGCCACUGGCCCAAUUGCGGCAAGAGUUUCACGCGCGCCGAACACUUGCGACGCCAUGCUUUGAACCAUGAACAAGCUCGCCAAGGCUACAUCUGCGAACGAUGCUCCGUGCACUUCCACCGUCCCGAUCUUCUCAGUCGUCAUCUCCUACGCCAUGCCAAGCGCGAUGAGGAAGCCGGAGGUCCGGGACUGGGAGUGCUGGAGACGCGCAAACGCACUCGUCGAGCUGGCGAUGGAUCCAUCGUUGUGCGACCGCCCAAGCGACAGUCUCGAGCCAGCGCACCUCAUAGCAACAUCCCCGAGUCCUCUGCUUCGGGGUCCGCUGGCUCCAUGCGUUCAUCGUCGGCCUCGUCGUGCGUUGUCUCAGUCAUCAGCUCCCGCGAGUCGGACCCGAUACCAGGGGCGCCAGUAUCGCCACCCCGCUCUACGAGCGGUCCGACAACCAUUUCGUUGGAUGAUCCAGAUCCGCUGUUAGCACCUAUACUUCCCAAUGGACCAUUCGAGCCAUACGUUGAGCCCAUACCGGGGCAAUUUGACGCGGCGGAUGGAUCUUGGAGUCUGGGUCAAGAGGGGAUAGAGGACUUCCUCAGUCUCGACACAGCGACUGAUUUCAACAUGCCUUUUGCGGCGACACAUAACUACAACUGGCUCUUCGAUGUGGUCUCGCUGAACGACGCCUUCGCUUCCCUCGACAUCCCUUUCGAACCUGACUUACUAGCCUGGACCCAUUUGGACUCUGACCCCUCGGCGGUUCUGCUACAAGCAGCCUCAUUCGUUGAGCGCAGCCCAGAUCACUCUGAUCUAUUGGAGCUGAACUGGUUGGGACGUCUGGCCACAAUUGCAGAAAACACCUCCACACCGUCCCUCCCACAUCUCUCCGAGGAGGCCCGCCAAGGGAUACUCGGGAUGGUGGCUCGCAAUCCGCCCUCAGGGCUAGACGGCAAGCCCACUCCGCUCGACUCGGCCCUACUUGAUUUGUCGGCGCUCCAGCAGUACUGCGAUCUCUUCUUCACGCGAUUUAACGUGACUUAUCCACUUAUCCACGCGCCCUCCUUCGAUCCCAACACCGUGGACCUGAUCCUGCUGGCCGCAAUCCUCUCCAUGGGUGCCACCUACAGCAGCCGCGAGGCACACCAGCUCGCGGUGGGCAUUCACGACUUUCUACGACCGCAACUCUUCUGCCAUGUCGACUUCUCGCCCCAACCUCCCCUUUGGAUCCUCCAAGCAAUGCUGAUCAUUGACUGCUUUGGCAAGAUGCGCGCAGGCCCCAAGCAACGUGAGCGCGCCCAGCUGUUUCACUGUGUGCUGAUCAAGCUCAUUCGGCGCAGCACAUGUUGCACGAUUCAGUCCUCCGCACUACCCACAGUGUCCGCGGGCGAGGACCUCGUAAGUAGCUGGCAGCAGGCCAUGGAGGAUGAACAGCGCAAGCGCCUGGCCAUGCACUGCUUCAUGUGGGAUGUGCAGCAUGCGGUCCUAUUCUCGCAGUCGCUAUGCAUGUCUGCCUUCGAGAUCCGCUCCGCGUUGCCGUGCGCGCCUGCCCUUUGGGAUGCACCGACCGCAGAGGCCUGGGCGAGACAGGGUUCCCUGUGCUUCUCGCUCGCGUAUUCUGAGCCGUCAUUCCUCACCGUCUUGAAAGGUUACAUCACCCCUGCGGCGGUUCCGCGACCGCGACAACUCAAUCCACUGGCGCGUCUUGUGGUCCUGCACGGCUUGAUGUCCGUGUCCGCGGAUCUCAAACGCCGAGAUCAGACGAUCCUACGCGGCGAGGACCCGGAGCGGGUAGGGAGCUGGAUCCCGCGCAUGAGCCGAUCGUACGAGAUUUGGAAAGCAGACUUCGACGCCGAUGGGCUGGCGAUGAAGCUGGGUGAAGGCCAGCCCGGGUCGUCGGAAAGUGCGGCGGGAGUGUUCCAUAGCGCGGCGCUGGUGCUGUACCGCGCGGCCCAGCUGGCACUGCAAGUGGAGGUUCUGGAUAUACAGAUCGGAGCGGGAGCUACCGCGAUCCUGGGACGGACGGUCACUCAGACGGAUCGUGAUCGGUCGGCUCAGGCAUUGGCCCACUGGGUGCGCUCGAACAUGGUGAUGCAAGCGGCGAAGCAGGCGGCAUGGAUGGUGCGGGAGGCCGUUUCCGGCCGCCAAGGCGAUCAGGAGGCCAUGAACGCGUUUCAUUUCCCGUGGUGUUUGUACCUGGGCACAUUAGUAUGUUGGGCGGUACAUGGGGGAGGCGUGCGUGAAGUGGGAAGUCAUCGCGUGAGUCUGGAUUUGGCGAAUUUGCUGGUGGCUUUGACGGGCGAGAGAGUCAACGAGAGCCCGCAAUAUCAGUACGACAUGCGCGGGUUAAUCCGGUCGAUGGCGCAGCAGCUGGCCACAAUCCGCUGGACGGUAGUCCACGAUGCGCAAAAGGUGCUCAUGGGAUUA